AUGCCGACAUUUGCUGGUCUGCCGGCAAUCAAAGGACACGAGCAGCUUGGGAGGACCGAGAAACUUGGAGAGUGCUCUCGGACCUUCGACCCGAAGUCAACGGAUCUGGUUCCUUUGUUACAGUAUGGGUCAUGGCUUCGAGCCGAUGGUAAGGCGGCGCGGGACGGAAUCGCCGCUAACCUGGCCAUGUGCGUGCUGGCUGAUGAUGUCUGGACCGGCGACACCAAGCCCAACGGAAUCGUCGCAUUCUAUGGCGUCGGAGGUGAACCUGGUCUGAGUGGUGAUAAUCCAGCUGAUGUAGAUGCCGAGGAUGUAGGCCUCGAUGGGGUCGGUACCAGGGAGGCGCUUUCGGAAACAGUACCACUCCUACACUUUCGAAUCGGAACCGACCCGAUCCCUGACGUCGAGCGAUACCGUGAACCAGACAACGGCGAGGCGGAGCUCUCCGUGAAACACUUCAUCGCCCGGGCGAAGGCGUACUGGGGCGAAAAGUUCGACAAGUGGGUCGUUUUAUCAGUAGACACGGACCUAUGGAUGAUCAUUUUGCUGGCGAUGACCACUGGUUGGCUGACGCCUCGUGGCGAGGGGGCGGUUGACGUGACCGUCCAGAGGGUCGUGGGUGGCGAGAACAAGUUCCUGUGGAUGAACAGAGUGUUCGCCAGAAUCUGCUAA